AUGACAGCACACCUAAAUGAAACCAUCUCCGCUGAGGUCUCAGACUUCGUCCUGAAUUGUUUUGUCAGGUCCCCCAGCUGGCAGCUCUGGCUGUCCCUGCCCCUCAGCCUCCUCUUCCUCCUGGCCAUGGGGGCCAAUGGUAUUCUUCUGAUCACCAUCUGGCUGGAGACCUCUCUUCACGAGCCCAUGUACUACCUGCUCAGCUUCCUCUCUCUGCUGGACAUCGUGCUCUGUCUCACCGUCAUCCCCAAGGUCCUGGCCAUCUUCUGGUUUGACCUCAGGCCCAUCAGCUUCUUUGCCUGCUUCCUCCAGAUGUUCAUCAUGAAUUGCUUCCUUGCCAUGGAGUCCUGCACAUUCAUGAUCAUGGCCUAUGACCGCUAUGUAGCCAUCUGCCACCCACUACAAUAUGCAUCCAUCGUCACGGAUCAGUUUGUAGCUAAGGCUGCCAUUUUUACUUUGGCCAGGAGUGUCCUUAUGACAGUGCCUAUCCCCAUUCUCUCUGCCCAACUCCAUUCUUGUGGGAGAACUGUCAUUGAGAACUGCAUCUGUGCCAAUAUGUCAGUCUCCAGGCUCUCCUGUGAUGACAUCACCAUCAAUCGUCUCUACCAGUUUGCUGGAGGCUGGACACUGCUGGGGUCUGACCUCAUCCUCAUCUUCCUCUCCUACACCUUCAUACUUCGAGCUGUGCUGAGACUCAAGGCAGUGGGUGCUGUGGCCAAGGCCCUAAGCACAUGUGGCUCCCACUUCAUUCUUAUCCUGUUCUUCAGCACCAUCCUUCUGGUCUUCGUGCUCACUCAUGUGGCCAAGAAGAAAGUCUCUCCUAAUGUUCCAGUCUUGCUCAAUGUCCUUCACCAUGUCAUUCCUGCAGCCCUCAACCCCAUUGUCUAUGGGGUGCGAACCCGGGAGAUCAAGCAAGGAAUCCAGAGGCUACUGAAGAAAGGAUGGUAA